GUAAAAGUGCGAAGGUCGACUGAGUUUUUAAGACGUUAAAACAACGAUCAUCUCCGUGAAUCGACACAAAUUAAUAAGUCUUCUCAUGGACUGUUCCAUACGGGGCGUCAUCCGUCUCUUUUCAUCUCAAACCGCCCAUUCCCCGUCUCUUUUCAAUCCGCGGUACGUCACAGAAUUGUGAUAACCCCCCUUCAAGUAUGUUAGGCGUGUGUUGGUAUUUAUUUCUUCCACUUAUCACGCUCAUUCACUCCAAAAAAUAGUACAAAUGAUAAGCUGCGAUGGUCGUGAUGUCCGGCGAACAAGACGGGAUCAGGUUUAGGCGUGCUCAGAGCGUCACCCGAGCCGAAGAAAUCCAAGCCGUCGAACAGAAAGUGAGGAAAUCGCAACCAGAUAGACCGAUACACAAACCCCGCGAUUCGCUCCUGUCAUGGAAUUCGGGGUUCGAGAAGUUCACAGGGUUUGUGAACUGGGCCUUCUUGUUGCUGUCAAUCGGGGGGUUGAGGCUGCUGCUCGAAAAUUUCAUCAAAUACGGUAUUCGAGUAGACCCCGUGCAGUGGUUCUACAUUUUAACUGGCCAGGAUGAGCAAGGGUCAGAGCAUCCGUCCAUCGUUCUAAUACUCUAUUCUAUAGUUCCCAUAAUUUUCUGUCUUCUUACUGAGAAAGCUUUAGCUAUUGAGAUCAUCUCGAGCGCUCUGGGGAUGACGAUGCACGUCGUUAAUUUACUUGUUUUGAUAUUCUUGCCCAUGGUGAUUAUCCACUACAAGGACGGCUUCAGCUUAAUUGGUGCUUCCACCGUGACCACGCUCUAUAGUAUCCUCUUCCUAAAACUGUGGUCCUACGUCCAAGUCAACGUCUGGUGUAGAAACGCCAGACAAAACACCAGCAACAAAAGUCUGAGACGCCAGUCUCUCUCCUACAAUAAUCUUCCCAAAGAAGACGACAAUAAUCUACAUCACAAAGAGUCCAAAGACGACCUAAGCAAUACAGAGAAACUUCUGGUGCAAUAUCCCGACAAUCUAACUUUAAGAGACCUUUUCUACUUCUUGUGCGCACCCACUUUAUGCUACGAAUUGAACUUCCCCCGAACCGAAAGAAUAAGGAAACGCUUCCUCCUCAAAAGAAUCUUCGAAGUCGUAGCAGGCACCCAACUAAUCUUGUGCAUCUUCCAACAAUACAUGAUCCCCUCAGUCAAAAACUCCUUGAUACCUUUCAGCAACAUGGACAUCACUCUUGCCACUGAAAGACUGUUGAAACUUUCGAUACCAAACCACUUAGCUUGGCUGUGCAUGUUCUACAUCCUCUUCAACUCCUGGUUGAACCUCUUAGGCGAAGUCCUCCACUUCGCUGAUCGUAGCUUCUACAGCGACUGGUGGAACGCCAAUAACAUUGAUACGUUCUGGCGCACCUGGAACCUCCCAGUGCACCGAUGGGCCCUCAGACAUCUCUACCUUCCGCUGGUGGAGGUGGGGUACAACAAAGCCAUCGCCGCCACCACGGUUUUCUUCAUUAGUGCCUUCUUCCACGAGUACAUGGUCAGCGUCCCGUUGAAGACCUACAAGAUUUGGGCUUUCAUGGGGAUGAUGGCCCAGAUACCGCUGUCUAACAUCUCCAAGUUCAUGGAGCGCAAUUAUGGAGGUAGAAUGGGCAACAUCGUGGUGUGGGCGUCGCUGAUCAUAGGCCAACCUAUGUGCAUCAUGAUGUAUUACCAUGAUUACGUCAUAACCCAUUACGGGCAGUCGCUUAUUGCGGAUUAUGGGCAUGUGUAACGACUGAUUAGUUAAGUUCUGUACGUUCUUUUGUAUUGGUUACCGCGGUAAAGUGCGCUUAUUGUAAUUUUGUUAUUAAAUUUACAGUUACUAAAACUCUAAAGUACGA